UUCUCUUUCUCUCCUUCCAGACCGCCUCCUUCACCGUUCUCCUUCCAGGCCGCCUCCUUCACCCUUCUCCUUCCAAGCCGCCUCCUUCACCCUUCUCAUUCCAGGCCGCCUCCUUCACCGUCCUCCUUCCAGGCCGCCUCCUUCACCGUCCUCCUUCCAGGCCGUCUCUUCACCGUCCUCCUUCCAGGCCGUCUCCUUCAUCGUUCUCUCAAGCCACACAUAAUCAUCGUUUAAUUUUAUCCUUUCACUCGAUUCGCCUUCACCGUUCUCUCUCAGCUCUAUCAUUAUUGCUGCUUAGGGUAAUGAUUAAUUCAUCUUCGGAAGACUUCUUUGUUAGGAAUAUGUUCAUUGGAGUUGAUUUUCAAGCUUUGGAUUAUAAUAUCUGGCCAGGAAACAACAGAGACUUGUUAGUCAGGAAUAUUUUCAUUGGAGGUGAUUUUCAAGCUUUAAUUCAUCUUCUCUGA